GGGACACCACAUUGCUAUGAUGGCACAAAAAUGCAUAAACGAAAGCAACAUGCAUCUUCUUAACCAUAAUAUAUCUGACCAUUUUUCUUCUUCUCACCGGAAUCCAUUUUUCCGUUCUUCUUCUCACCGGAAUCCAUUUUUCCGUUCUUCUUCUCACCGGAAUCCAUUUUUUCCGAUAGAGAGCAAGUGAGCGAUUUGCACAAUAUAUAUAUAUAUUUUUAUUUUUUUCAUCUUUCCGUAAUUAUUCUGUAUAUAGAGUAUGAAAGAAAUUAGUGUUUCAUCGUCAUCGAUAAUAAUAUCGAAGUACCUAUUUUUCAUUGUUCUCAUAACAAUACCAAUACUCCUUUUUCUCUCUCAUCGGAAUUCAUCUUCUUCCGUUUUCAUCUCCACCACAACAACAUCAAAUUCCGAUUCCGAUCUCAAAAUCCGUCCAGGAUAUUCGAGCUACGAUUCCUACAUUAAGAAACAGCUAAACAAAACACUCAAUCCAAAACUUCGAAAAAUCUGGACGACUCGUGAUUGGGAUAGAAAAAUUGAAGUUUUCUCAAAAUUCUUCGGAGAACUUAGAAAUAGAAAUUUACUCUCAGAUUCAUCGAAAGUACUCUGUAUUGGUGCUCGUAUGGGUCAGGAAGUGGAAGCACUGAAACGAGUCGGAGUUUCUGAUUCAGUUGGAAUGGACCUUGUACCGUAUCCGCCAUUAGUGGUUAAAGGAGAUUUUCAUAAUCAGCCGUUCGACGAUGAGAAUUUUGAUCUGGAAUUUUCUAAUGUAUUCGAUCACGCGCUUUUCCCGGAGAAAUUUGUAUCGGAGAUCGAACGGACAUUGAAGACCGGCGGGAUUUGUGUGUUACACGUGUCGUUAUCUAAACGAGCGGAUAAGUAUUCGGCGAAUGAUUUGUAUAGUGUGGAACCGUUGAAGAAACUGUUUAAGCGGUCUCAGUUGGUUCAUACUCGAACCGUUGAUGGGUUCGGGUUGGAUACGGAAGUUGUUUUCAGAAAAAAUUGAUAAUUGAAUACGAUAAUUUUAUUUUUAUUUUUUUAAAAAAAUUAUAUUACAGGUUGGAAUAAAAUUAAUGCUGGAUAUUAGAAACUUCAGUUUUUUUAAAGUUUAGUAAUUGUACUGUUUGUAGAGUCAACAUCCUAUACGUAACUUUUAUUCUUUAAA